GCUGGGGCCAGUGAUAGGGUCAAUGAUGGGCUGGUGGGCAGGGUCAGGGAUGGGGUCAGUGAUGGGUGAGCAGUAGGGUCACUGAUGGGGUCAAUGGCAGGUCAGACGGCAGGUCAGUGAUGAGAACCAGGCGCUGUGGUUGGUCAUGAGCCGGGGCUGCUUCCUGCUGAGUUGGCAUCCGGGACAAAGGAGCCAGCAGCAGCGGGCAGGGUCUCAUGGCAUAAUUUCCUGGAGCUGGCACCAUAUGCCACUUCCCUCCCAUGAAUCUGUUGUUUGCCCUUGGACCCACCAAAGCUCCGUGAACUCAUCUGGCUGUGCCGCUGGGGAACCGCACCUGUACUGGGGCCGGUGUCAGGCUGGGGGGAACACACGCAUGGUCUGUGCCUUACUGCCUCUAAGCUGUGACCUGCUUGGUUUCCUGUCAGUGAGAAGAAUGGGUUCCGUGUCAGAGGAGCUCAGCUUGGUCCCCUUGCACCAGAGGCCGGAGCUGCUGGAAGCCUGUGCCAAGCUGCUGGGCGAGGAGUGGGGGAAGAGCCGGGCGUCGCGGCUCCACACACUCCAGCGCUCCUCGGACGCCUUUCCCACCUGCCUGGUGCUGCUGCGGAGCCAGGGCCCCAGCGAGACCCCUGCUGCCCAGGAGGGACCCUGCGAGCUCGUGGGCCACGUCCGACUCUCCCGUGUGGUCGGCUGUCCCCAUGACCUCUUCGUGGAGAGCGUGGUGGUGGCCCGGGCGCUGCGGGGCCGGGGCUAUGGGCGGCGCCUGAUGGAGGCCACUGAGCAGUGGGCCCGGGCCCGGGGUUUUCGCUGCCUGCACCUCACCACCCACGACAAGCAGCAUUUCUAUGCCCACCUGGGCUAUGUCCUGGGUGAGCCGGUGCAGAACGUGGCCUUUCUCAGCCCAGCUAUAUCCUCUGAGGUGCUGCGGCUCUUCUCCGCCUCUUCUGGGGCUGCCACUGCCACCACCGCCAGGCCGUGGGAACCUGCUGCCCCCCUGCCUCCCCCCCAGCCCGUCACUGUCCCCCCACCACCUCCCCCACCAACUGUGAUCUGGGCAAGGGGUGUCCUGGCUGAGAGCAGCGAGCAGAGCCUCCUGGAAUCCCCACACCGUGAUGCCAAAGGGCUCCCCAUCUUCUGGAUGAAGAAGGACAUCUGAGGGGCUGG